CGGAGAGCUUUUCAUUGACAAAAAUCCACAGCCGUGCGUUUAUUCGAGGAGCUGCAGGGGAUGUAGGGGAGGAACUCUGCGUCGACUUGUUUUAUUCACCGUAUCAAGGAAUUUUGCUUCGCAGGGGUAAAAAAAAAAAAAGUGCUGCAGCAUGGAUGGGUUUUAUGACCAGCAGGUUCCUUUUGUGGUGCCUGAAAGGAAAUGUCAUACAGAGGUGGCAGAGAGAUGUCACAGCGACAGACGGAGGAAGUUUUUGGACACAGAACUGGAUCAGGACACAGAAGAGCUUUUUCAAGAUCUGAGCCAGCUCCAAGAAAUCUGGAUCGCAGAAGCUCAGGUUCCUGAUGACGAGCAGUUUGUCCCAGAUUUCCAGUCCAAUAACUUGAUGUUUCCUGGACCACCUGUCUGCAAAGUGAAGCGAGAAUCCAGUCCAUCCAAAGACCUGUCUCCCUGCAGAACGCCUCAGACUGACAUGUGCCUUUACAGCUACAGUGCCUGUGACCACAAGCCUGGUCCAACUCCAGCCUCCACACCUGCGACACAAUGUGGCUCCAUCCACCCUGCUGGGCCUCCACCCUUACAGAGGCAGCUACAUCCUCCCCCUCUCCAGCUGGCCAGUAACUGCUCCCCAAGCCAUGCUUCAGCCCCUAGCCCCUCCCACCGACACAACCUUCCACAGGCGGACCAAAAUCGGUUUGCUCUGCCGCAUCCUGCCAUCGGCUGCUCCGGAGCAACUUUCAACACAGAACAAAGGUUCCAGCGGCAGCUGUCGGAUCCCUGCUUGCCAUUUCUGCCUCCAGAGAAAACCCCAAACGCACCGUACCACCCCGCAGCCUGCGACAGCCGGCCACUGUACCAGCGCCAUCUCUCGGAGCCUCUUGUCCCCCACACUGCCCGAGGUUUCAAACAGGAGUUAGUGGACCCUCGAUAUCCAGAUCCGGGGUCUGCUGGUCCAAGUUUGGCUCAGCCCCAUUCCACCUUCAGCCAUGUCAUGAUCAAACAAGAGCCAAGAGACUUUGGCUUUGACCCAGAGGUUCAAACAUGCCAGUCGUCAUAUGGGAAGAAUUCACCUUUGUUUCCAAAACGCGGUCAUGGAUUUGCUUUUGACAGAGACCCUCUUUUGUACUUUGAUGACACUUGUGUUGUACCAGAAAGAAUGGAAGCAGGUAAAGUGAAGCAGGAGGGGUUGCCGUACCAGCGCCGCGGCUCCUUGCAGCUCUGGCAGUUCCUGCUCACGCUGCUGGACAACCCAGCUAACGGACACCUGAUCGUAUGGACAGGACGCAACAUGGAGUUCAAGCUGAUCGAUCCCGAAGAGGUGGCUCGUCUGUGGGGGAUCCAGAAAAAUCGACCAGCCAUGAACUACGACAAGCUGAGCCGCUCACUGCGGUACUACUAUGAAAAGGGCAUCAUGCAAAAGGUGGCUGGGGAAAGGUAUGUCUACAAAUUUGUCUGCAACCCCGACGCACUUUUCUCCAUGGCAUUCCCAGAGAACCAGAGGCCUAGUCUGAAGGCCGAUCUGGAGGCCAGCCACUUCCCCAGCGAGGAGGAAGGCCUCCCCCUGCCCAGCUAUGAAGAGGAGGGGCCAUAUCUGGUUGAAGGAGCUGAGCAGUGCAUCCAGGGAUUGGCUUUCCCUGACAGCUACCCAUACUAGACCCCGCAGCCUGGCAGCUGGAAGAAAAAUAACUGAGAUGCAUCAUCUGUCUCAAAACAGAAGAAUUUUGUUUGUAGAACUUUGACUCAGCCAGAGGCUAAAAAUCAGCGACUCUCUAAGACUGUUAAACUUUCUCUGUCUGAGAAAAUGCAAUUCUUAGUCCAAAACCUACGAUGGGUUGAUGGUCCAACAAACAGGUGUCAAAGAUCAACUUUAAAUAUUCACGAGGAAGUUGCAGUUUUAGAAGAAAAAGCUUCAAGAUUUAAUGUAAACUUGUGCAAACAGCAGAGAAAAUCUAGUCAGUAUUUGGGGAAAAUCAUUACUCUUAUAUAGAGAACAUUAUUCAGUAUAUUACUAGUUUUUAAAUGUAACUGUACAAAAAUAUUAAACACUUCUAAUUAUGAGAUGUUUCAUAAUGUAUUAAAAGUAGUAAAAUGAUAAAAAUACCUGUGUGCAGGUAUUAAAAAAAGAAUACAAAAAUAUUUGGCUUUACUCAAACAAUUUCUAUGAAAAUAAUUCGGCUUCUUCUUUUAAAAUUGCAAUAAUACUCAUUUAUAUUGAUUAGGGCCAUCAUAUCUCUGGAACUGUUGAACUUCAGCUGGGAAAUGUUCAGCUUUCUUUGGACAGUUUAAACUGGUCUUUGUGGUCUUUCCAGUAUUUUGUAGCAUGGUGUUGCUGUAGUCCUCCCAUUUGUCAACUCUGGGAUCUGUUUUGUAACCAAAAAGUAUCUCAAAGCCAUGACACUCCUUUUACUAAUUUACUUAUGGUAGUUUUUGGAGUAAAACUUGGACUGCUUCAAAGGGACUCCCUUGUGUUUUCCAGACCUUAUAUUCCUAAAAUAUUCAUGAUGAAAUGUCUUUUGUGAACUCUUUUUUUUUCUUGGUUAUAAAGCUAAUAUUUUUGCCAUUAUAUGGACUUGUACUUUUUUCCUAUAACAGUUUAUGACAAAGGUACUGCUUCUAUUUUUUAUUCUGCAAUACUGCCACUCAGAUGCUAACAGCAAGCAUGGACUAUCUUCCAAAUUGUUCACCAGUUAAUGUUCCGAUCCAGUUUUCUGUGUUUUGUAUAGCUGGUUUGCUUCAGUGUGUAGAGAAAGUAUAUAAUUAUAUAUGGAUAUAUUUUUGCUAAAGGCUGUGUGCUUGUUAAUGUGUUGCAUCAAUUCCCCAAGGAUGCAUGACGCUCCUGAGUCCUGCAGAUAGAAGAUGGAUGUAAUGUUAUAUUUUACUAUAUGAUCACAUGGUUGAUACUGACACUGGUGUGACUUCUACCCUCAGAUACUGUAUGUGUGCCUUCUGUUGAUCUUUACUGAUACAAUAAACUAUUUUACUCUUU